AUGAAAUCACUUGUAUCAACAGCCAACAAUCUCUCGCACAAUAUUCUUGGCAUCACUUAUCUCAAAAUUAACCUAAUCACCCAAAUCGAACCUGCAGCCAAGUCAUUUAUUUGGCUUUGGCCCAACGAGGGAAUUAAUGAAGAUAGGCCAACCAUGAUGAGACUAUCAGACAUUGUUCAAAGGGGUCUUUUCUUAUGGGACAUGGAAACGAAGAAUGCCAAGCUCCAUGUGCAUUUGGUGGGGGAAGAAGAGUUUAGACCACACGUGGAGUUGAGCGUUGAAUUCCUUCCAGCGUGCGACUGUCGACGCCGCAAAUCCUGA